AUGGCGACGAGUAGCUCCGAUGGCUCCUGCACCGCGCCCGCGGAUUUUCAGCUCUCAUCCGAGCUGGAGGACGCGUCGAGUCGCUUGAGCAUGAACCUGCUCAAGUGUCCGUUGUGCCAUAACAGCCGUCGGAUUUUUUACUGCCGCCAGUGCAUCCAAAACGGGGAUUUUAUACAUUCGAACACCGUCUACUCGGAACGGUUCGCAGAUAAACAGAUGCGGCUGGUACGGCUGAAAGCUGCUAGAGCCCAGUUAGAGGAGAAGUGCGUGAAAGCUCUCGAGAGGCACAAGCAAAAAGAUAAAUUGAUUUGUGAUAUAAAUACAUGUAAAGAAAGAGUGAGACUACUUCAAUCUUUAGUAAACGAGACAAGGCAAAGUAUCAGUAGAGGUAACCAACGUUUGACUGUUUUGAAGGAUGUCAACUCUCAGUUAACUCUUCGAGUGCCACGGCACGAAGAUAGAAUAGAGAAACUACAUCGCUAUGUUAAUGGCUUGAAAGUUAAGCAGGAGAAACAGAAAGAAGCAGUGGACAGAAAAAGGGAGCAACUAAAGAAAGUUAUCAGAACUGCUGCCAAGCAAUUGAUUCAAUACAUUUUUCCCUUAUCUAAGGUCCAACCAAACAGGAGUUUGUGCAGCAGCGAGGACAGUGACAGUGCCACUUCGGAUAUUCUUACUAGUGCAUUAGCGGAUGCAUCGGGUACAUCGUACGUACGAGGUAGAUGGAUCAGCGAGAAGGAGAGUUCUUUGGAAAUCCAUCAUUGCAUAGUUGAACCAACGUUACCAGCGACAGGAGACUAUAACGCUUAUUCGCUUUGGGUUGCAGCAAAUAAAGAUGGAGUACCAGGUGCGAACAAAGAAAACGCGAUGCACAAUCCAGCGUAUAAUAUCAGUGCUGCUUUGACAUAUGCUACACAAUUGGUUAACGUUCUUGCUUAUUAUGUUAAUGUGAGGUUACCAUACAAACUUGCUUGUGGGGAAUUUUGCGGGAAUGAAUUAUCGGACCAAAAAUUUGCUAGAAAAGUAGCAAGGUUAAAUAGUAAUGUACUACAUUUGUGUCUUACGCAAAAUACAAAACUAGAAGUUUUACAUCCAAUGCAUACAUUGCAAAACCUGAUGCAUUUGCUCAAUACCGAAAUUAGUGAUCUCGGCAGAAUUGGACCAAUGGAAGUCGAUCCGUCUGUAAUAGCACAACUUCACAAUCAGUUAGUUCCCGAUUUGGAAAAUAGUGAUGAUUCAGCUUCCGAUGAAGAAGAUGUAUGCUGGGGAUGGGAGGCUGUAAGUCAUACUUCUGUACCAAAUAUUGCUUGUCCCGAAAUGGCAGUACCUAGUUCUGGAACGAUGGUUAGUCAACAAUCUUCUAGCAUGCAAGUGCAUCAGAGUGUCGCCGGUGGCUUGGUAACGAGUGCAGCAGCCAGUAUCGCUUCGAUUUGGCGAGGUUGGACUAAUAAAUAACUUUUUCCUUUUGACCAAUAAGUUUCUUUCGAUAUAAACACAUUUACUGUAUAUUUCGAAUUCUUCAAAUCAAAGGGUGGAAAGGUGCUUCGAAGUAAAAAUGAUAUUUAUAUAUAGUAAUAUUUAUAUAUUGUGAAGGCACGGAUGUGAUUUAAAAUCAACAUGUAAAUAUGUGACUUUCUUAACUUACACGUGACAUUCAAAGUAGUUCAAAUAUGCUGUGACAGAUUCCGUUAGAUCUGAUGUCUAACUUAGGUCGAAUUUAAAGUAACUAGAAAAGAAUUAAUAAACUGGCUGUUUAAUAAAUUUAUGGACAUUUUAUAUUUCAAUUGCCUCACGAAAAUAAUAGAUUAGAUUAUAAUAUAUUAAUGGUCUAUAAAACAGAUGUAUGUUAAUUAACACAGAUGUAUACUGAUGUAGAAUUUAUGGUAGAACAUAUAAAUGUGCAAUGACUGCCUUUUCUAUGCUCAUCGCAUUUGAUGCGAUUAUACAUCCAUACAAACGAGAUAUACUUCCCUCUAUUAUGUUAUUAAUAUUUUAUACUGCGGGAUUCGUUUAAUGCAGAAUUAGCAUUAAAAUCUGUUCAUAUAAAAAUUUUUGAGCAUAUAACUUGAGAUUGUAACCAAACUUUUGCUAUCUUUUGUUUGACGACAAAAAACUUUGAUUGCAAUAACAUAAUGCAUCGAUUGCUAAAUAUUAUUGAAUAAAUUUAUUUGAUAUGCUAAAUGAUAUGCUGAAAUACUUUGGUAAAACUGUGGAGAAUGCAUACAUUUAUAUUAUUUAUUAUAUAUGAGAGACUAUGGUAUAACACUGUAUAUUUUUUACUAUAGCAUAAAAAUAGAAUUUGUUAAACAUUUCAUACUUAAUAAUAUAAGAGAAAAGUAUUUUAAAGUACAUUACGUUAACUAAUUUGAUUAUAUUAAGCAUAUUAACAAAGAGCAUUGAUAAAUAGUAUUGUGGUCAUUGUAGAAUAUAUGAUCAUCCAUAAGAAACUAGCACACAGUUCUACAAAGAAAAUAGUUAAUAUGGUUUUCCAAGUUUAAUAUUUAAUCCAGUCACUCUAGAAUAAUUCUAUUUUAUUUUUGUACAAUGUAUUUAACUUUGUAUUUUUAAAAUUAAAAAGUAAGUCAUCCCUGAUUAUCAUCCAAUAUCCUGAAGGCCAGGAUGAAGAUAGUUAAUAAUUUGUUGAUCAUUAUAAAGUUAAAGUAAAUGUGUAGGCAUAAUAUAUUUCAACUGUAUGAUCAAAAUGCUUUCUGUGAAAUAGUUCUCAUCAGACAUUUAAAAUUUCUUAGGAACUGAAUCCUUUUUUUCUAGACACUGUAAGAAUAAAAACAAAUGUGUUGUAGAUAGACAAAUACUUAUUCAUUAUAAUAAUGCAUAAUUUUCUUAUGCAUAUAUCCAAUUUUCUUAAUUAUGUUACAGCGUUUUAUAAACAUAUGACAGAUAGGAAAAGAGAAUUUCACACAAAUAUAGACAAAUUACAAUAUUAAAAUGUUAACAAACAUAAAUCUACAUGAUUUAGCACAAUUGUAUAUCUUAUUUAAUAACACACACACACACACACACACACUUGUGUAGUUACUUUGACGUGGUUACUGUUCGUAGUAUUAAAACAGACGUUACCAGUACACUUCAAAUUAAACGUUUAAGUUGAAUAUGAAUAGAUAAUGAUAAAUUUGGAUUACAAAGCGCAACAAUUUAAGUAAAUCACACCUUUGGAAAUGUACAACAAAUAAAAUAUAUGAAAUAGCGUAAAUAUUUCAUACAUAUGUGGGUGUGCAUGAAUGGGUGAAUAUAUAAUUUUUAUCUUACCGUAAAAUGGCUAUGUUUUAUCUGAACAAAGAUACAUUGUGAUACCUCGAAUAAAUUAGGAUCUGUUUUUUUUUUUAUUGUUAUUGCUAUAUAUUUAAGUAAUAUCAAUAAAAAAAAUCGCAUACUUUUUAAAUAUAUCACUAACGGUAUACCCAUGUACCACUUUAGAUCUUUUGUAUCAUCUUCAAUAUUUUGGAAUAAACAUGUAAAAA